UCUCUCCUGCUUUGCCGUUUCUUUCUGUCUCUCUCUGCAUCAAGCUCUCUCUCUCUCUUCGCUCUUUCUCUCUCUAAACUAUAAUUACCAUUGUACAUUUAUUUUUCUGGUGUGUGUUGUGUGGGGGUGAUGGUGUUAUCUUCACCUCAAUUGAUCACAACGCCCCACCGAUUAUGAAGAUCGGUGAUAUCUUACCAUCCUUUUAAUUUUGUCGGUUAAUGAUUUCUGAUAUACAGUGAAAAAGAAUUUAGCAAAUGGCAUCUGUGGGAGUAGCACCUACUUCCGGUUUGAGGGAAUCUAGUGCCCAUGUUGUUGGUGUUGAUAGGUUACCUGAAGAAAUGAAUGACAUGAAAAUCAGGGAUGAUAAGGAAAUGGAAGCUACCAUUGUCGAUGGUAAUGGGACUGAGACAGGCCAUAUAAUAGUGACAACCAUUGGUGGUCGCAAUGGCCAGCCAAAGCAGACCAUAAGUUACAUGGCAGAGCGUGUUGUUGGGCAUGGAUCUUUUGGAGUAGUAUUCCAGGCAAAAUGUUUAGAGACAGGUGAGACUGUUGCUAUAAAGAAGGUUCUUCAAGACAAGAGAUACAAGAACCGAGAGUUGCAAACCAUGCGCCUACUUGACCACCCAAAUGUUGUGUCUUUGAAGCACUGCUUUUUUUCAACUACAGAAAAGGAUGAAUUAUAUCUCAAUUUGGUGCUUGAGUAUGUCCCAGAAACUGUUCAUCGUGUUAUCAAGCACUACAAUAAGUUGAACCAAAGGAUGCCCCUGAUAUAUGUGAAGUUGUAUACAUAUCAGAUUUUCAGGGCCCUGUCUUACAUCCAUCGUAGUAUUGGAGUGUGUCAUCGGGAUAUCAAGCCGCAAAAUCUCCUGGUGAAUCCUCAUACUCAUCAGGUUAAAUUAUGCGAUUUUGGAAGUGCUAAAGUUUUGGUAAAAGGGGAGCCGAAUAUUUCUUACAUUUGCUCUAGGUAUUACCGAGCACCUGAGCUUAUAUUCGGGGCAACUGAGUAUACGACUGCCAUUGACAUUUGGUCUGCUGGCUGUGUCCUUGCUGAACUACUACUUGGACAGCCUUUGUUUCCUGGUGAGAGUGGAGUGGACCAACUUGUUGAGAUCAUUAAGGUUUUGGGUACUCCGACAAGGGAGGAAAUCAAAUGCAUGAAUCCCAACUACACUGAAUUCAAAUUUCCACAGAUUAAGGCUCAUCCAUGGCACAAGAUAUUCCAUAAGCGUAUGCCCCCUGAAGCUGUUGAUCUGGUUUCGAGACUCCUUCAGUACUCUCCUAAUUUACGAUGCUCAGCUCUGGAUGCCUUGACCCAUCCUUUCUUUGAUGAAUUACGUGAUCCAUCCAGCCGCUUGCCCAAUGGACGUUUUCUUCCUCCAUUAUUCAACUUUAAGCCUCAUGAGUUGAAGGGUGUCCCGGUGGAGACUCUUGUCAAACUGAUCCCAGAGCAUGCUAGGAAGCAGUGCCCCUUUCUUGCACUGUGAAUGAGUAAAGGUUGACAAGAAACCAUUUCAUAUGGAAGUUGUGGUUUCAAUUAAUCGAAAAUCUAUUGUGUCUUCUUCUUCUAUAUCCCCUUGUUUCUUUCCGGUUGUAUCUCGCUGUAUUGUAAGAGCAGUUUUAGGCAUAUGCUAUCAAAUCAGACGACCAAAACUAACUUGGGUACCAUGUUUAGCUGUCCUCUUGUUGUCAGCCAGCAUAUUGUAACAUUAUGUUGAUAAACAUAAUCAACUAUUUGAACCAUGAUGUGUUGUUGGUGUUCAAUGUAAUCUGUCGGAGUGAUCAAUGAUUUAAUAUGCUAUGGUCGAGAAGCUUUUGUA